ACGCGAAUGUUUUGCAUCAGUGAGCCUUGACUUGACUGCUUCUGUCAUUGUGUGUGGCGCAGGGGAGAAAAAAGAGGAAAGAGUUUUCACGGAUUUCGGCAACAUUUUUCUAACGGGAGCCGGAAAAAGUGCUCAAAUUCACUCGGAUCAGCAAAUUGUUUGUAAAACACUACCACCACCACCAUGGAGCAAGUGCUGCAGAACUCACUCAUUUCGGCCGCCGUGCAGCUUGAGAAGCAACUGGAUGGCGAGUUGGCCCGGCUGGACAGCCUCGGUGGCGAGGACCUGGAGAAGCUGCGCGAGCAGCGCAUCGCCGAGCUCAAAAAGCAGUCGGCCCAACGGCAAGAGUGGAAGAACAAUGGUCACGGCGAGUACCAGGAGCUCGCGGACGAGAAGGAGUUCUUCGAGGUGAGCAAGAAGUCCGCCAACAUCGUGUGCCACUUCUACCGCGACUCGACGCCCCGCUGCCGGAUCGUGGACAUGCACCUGAAGAUCCUGGCCGGGCGCCACCUCGAGGCCAAGUUCUGCAAGGUGAACGCGGAAAAGUGUCCCUUUCUGACGCAGCGGCUGCGCAUCAAGGUGAUCCCCAGCAUAGCGCUCAUCAAGGACAGCAAAACUAAGGACUACAUCGUGGGCUUCACCGAUCUGGGCAACUGCGACGACUUUAGCACGGAGAUGCUCGAGUGGCGGAUCGCGCAGUCCGGCGCGAUCGAGUACAAUGGUGACCUGCUGACGCCCCCCGAUGACAAGAAGAAGAAGAAGUCGACGUACGCGGCGAAAAAGACCAUCCGCGGCGGUUACGACUCGGACGAUUCCGAUAUCGACUUUGACGAUUAGAGAGGGAGAGAGAGAGAGAUUGGGAGUAGAAGAAUGCACGAAGAAAUCAAACUGCUCUGGUAGCAACUAAAAACAAGUGGAAGGGACGAUUUUGGAUCGCGACCGUGUAGUGUUAGUGUAGUUUUUAAGGAUUUCUAAUUUUGAAAAACAAUCGAUUCAAAUCGCUAAAAGCACGCUCUACGAGCGCAUAAUUUCACGCACGACUCAGCAGCAUACUCAACUUUUUCUCACAACGCCGGCUAACCCUUUUUUGUGAGUUUUGUUUAAUUUUAAUCGCUAUGUUUUUCAACCCCCCUCUUUUUUGUAAUCUAACCAGGCACUAGAAUAAAUUGUAUAAGUGUA